UGCCCACUUUGGGACAAACCCACACACCUAUUGUGACUCACGUGUCUCAACAACGGCCGUCCGGGGAAAACUUGGCUCCACAAACUCAGCUCGCCGUUGUGACGCCCAUAGGACUUGCCACUGAUUUCUGGCGAUUGCCACGGACCUGCCAUUACUUGCCACUGCCACAGGGAGGAAAUCGCUGUCUCUCCAUUGCCGACGUCACACGUGAACACGUGGUCUAGUGGGUCACAAGUAUAACGUGAUCGCGUCACCGGGACGUUAUCCGCCGCACAUUUCCGCCAAGAUGGUUGUCGGUGCCUUCCCGAUCGCCAAGCUCCUCUACCUCGGAGUGAGGCAGAUGAGCAAACCUGUGGCGAACCGAAUAAAGGCAGGAGCCCGUAGAAGCGAGUUUUUUAAGACGUACGUCUGUCUUCCGCCCGCACAGAUAUACCACUGGAUUGAGAUGAGAACAAAGAUGCGGAUCAUGGGCUUUCGGGGCUCCACCAUCAAGCCCCUGAAUGAGGAAGCUGCUGCGGAGCUGGGUGCCGAGUUGCUGGGAGAGGCAAUCAUCUUUAUUAUUGGUGGUGGAUGUAUGGUGCUGGAGUACAGCAGGCAGGCCACUAACUCUCGCCGCAAAGAAGAGGAGCAGACCGAGACCAUCAUAAGCCUACAGACUCAAAUAGGAGAACUAGCACUUACCACAGAGACUCUAGAUGCUCAGUUGAGAGAAAUAAAUCGGCUACUACUGUCUUUGCCUGCUCCCACCAAAAAGUGAUGAAAUAAGCUGUGUGUGUGUGUGUAAGAAAGAAAAAGCGUGCACACAAUAGUACUGCCAUAUGUGCAGACCCCACUUCACACACAGCUCAUUAAGUUACCUGAAACAGGUGAUUUGUACAACAAAUGAGUGCGCUUGGAUUUUGGAUGUUGUUGUUGGCUCAUAUUUUGAGCGACGAUUUGGAAGGGGGAUUGCUAUGAUAUUCAUAGUGUAUUUCUAAGGUUUAUCUUGCAUGUUCAUAUAAUGAUUUACCAUCAAAUCAAAUGGCAUAUUGAAGUUAAUAUAUUUUACAACAGCUUUGUGAGCUUGAUUGGGGGCCAAACAUAUCAAACAAACAGGUCACAUUAGAUCAUAUGUGUCUGUCCUUAGAGUUUCCUGGAAAACUAUACUCAUGUCAUAAUUACAUUGUAAAUGUAUUUUAUGGUUCAUGCGCAUUAUAUGCAAUGACAAAUGUAAAAAGGAUGGUUUGAAAAUAAAAUGGUAAGCUGUC